GAUUAAAGUCUAGAUGAAGCUCUAGAUGCUCAGUCUUCUUCACCGUGCUGAGAGUUAAACACAGCACCAUGCUGACUGCAGGGGCCCUAAUCAUAUGCCUGUGUGCACUGAGUGUUCGCGGACAUGACCCAAUGACGUGGACUAUGGAGAUGACUACACCACCGACUCCCCCUUCACUGUUUUAGAUGACGGCAACUGGUUAUAUGACCUAAUGGAGGAGUCCAAUAUUUGUGAUCCAAACCCUUGCAACAAUGGUGGCUCGUGCCAAAGAAAAUCUGAUACAGAGUUUGCAUGCUACUGUCUUCAGCCAUACAUAGGGAAGAGGUGUCAAAAAGUGAGGAAUGUUUGCGAGAACGUCAGAUGUGGUCGUGGUGGUAACUGUGUCAUGAAUGUAAAGAAUCCCCCAUACUAUGAGUGCAAGUGCAGACCUCCCUAUACAGGGGCCGACUGCAGGUCAUUGCCAAGUUCCGUCUGUGAACCCAACCCUUGCCUGAAUGGAGGAUCUUGCUCGAAAGGGAUCCGGCGCUUUCGCUGCUUCUGUCCCGAUGGAUAUACUGGGAAGUUCUGUGAAAUUGGUUCCACUGACUGUUAUGUGGGAAAUGGAGAGACAUACAGGGGAGUCGUCAGCAUGGCAGAAAAUGGGCGGGAGUGUCUCGACUGGCAUUCCUAUUUUAUUGUUUUAAAUGGAGAAGAUCCUUUUACCAUGUACUCAGACUUUACUGGACUGGAACAGAACAACCACUGCAGGAACCCGGAUGGAGAUGACAAGCCUUGGUGUUUUACUAAAAAGGAUGGUAAACUGCAGUGGGAUUACUGCAAUGUCAAGAAGUGCUCUGAUGGGGUCUCACCCACUGUUCCAACCAUACCACCAGUUCCAGGCUCUCCCAAUUUCUCUCAAUGUGGGAAAUCCCUGCCUGUUCGCAGUAGCAGAAUUUUUGGCGGAAGAAAGGCUGUCCCGGGUGCCCACCCCUGGCAGGUGUCGGUGCAGAACAAAGCCAAAGGCUCCUCCUUUGAUUUCCAACACUAUUGUGGUGGGAUCCUCCUCUCUUCCUGCUGGGUGCUCACUGCUGCACACUGCAUUGAAUCUAAUUAUGAUUACCAAGUGGUGUUGGGAGGAGUGAACAUAGAAAAAGAGGAGGAAAUGGACCAGACCAUUCCAGUAAUACAAACCAUUGUUCAUGAGAACUACAGGAGCACUCCCAAAGCUCUAUACAACGACAUUGCUCUGCUGAAGCUCCAGGUAACGGACAGCCCUUACUGCGCAUGUGAAACCCGAUUUGUGAAGGCAGUGUGUUUACCGGACCAGGCCUUCCCUGCUGGAAAGGAGUGUGUGAUCUCUGGAUGGGGAGCCACGGAAACACUGAGGGUCAGCCCCCAGCUGUUGAACGCUCGGGUUUUCAUGAUCUCUGACGAGAGAUGCAGAAAUCUUGAUGACUACAGGAAUGUAUUGGACAGCAGCAUGUUCUGCGCAGGGACUCUGCAGGGCGGCAUUGACUCCUGUCAGGGAGACUCAGGUGGACCCUUGGUGUGUGAGAAAAAUGGCACACAGUACGUCGCCGGUGUGGUGAGCUGGGGUGUGGGCUGUGCUGAGAAAAACAAGCCUGGUGUCUACGUUAACGUCAACUCAUUCACUGACUGGAUCAAAAACAAAAUCAACUGAUGACUAUAUUCAUUCAAUAAAUACUGUGAUGUUUGC